UAUUCUUUUCAUGUCUUAAAGCAUUAUUUCUGAAUAUUCUCCAGCUUUACUUCAGGUGACUCACUAACAAAUUCAGUGACAAAAAACAGGACAAAAACAAGGACAAUUGUCCGUUGAGAGUCCUUUGAAUUCUGUUUAAUCAGCCACUUAUCGCUGUCGGCUCACUGGUCAAUACAGUACAGAGACACAUAGAGUGUCUGACUGAGUGAGAUCAUUUUCUUGGAAAGGAAGAAAAUUCUCUGAAGACUAAAGUGAUGAAAUCAAUGUCCCUAUGUACUGUAGUUUGACACAAAUUAUUGCAAUAACAAAGUCCAGCUUUUGUACUUUUCACCAGUAUAGGUCCUACAACUUCUGUCCAUGUAAUAUCAGUGACAUGAGUUACUUGUUAGCAUUUACUCAGUUAACAGCAUGUCAACUGAUGUCACUGGACAUCAUCCAGGCACCAGAUGAUUUCGUAAUCAAACAAUUAUUAGCUCAAAAGCAAUAUGGCAGUGAGACACUUCAUACGUGACUAGCACUUGUGGACAAUGUUUGAUUAGGGGAAGGGGUAAGUUACGGGUUAAAGGUUGAAAGUGUAAAAAAAAAGAGAGACAGACACAGUGAAAGACAGAUUGUACACAGGGGAGAAAGUGGGACUGUUCUCUGUUCAUCAUGGAUUUCUCACCUGGGCUUCUGAUCCUGUGUUCUCUAUUAUGUUCAGUGCCUGGUCAGGCUCUGGUCGUCUCAGUGGAGCCCCAGACUGCUACUGUGCGCCAAGGGGAGUCUGUCAGCUUUAGGUGCCAAGUGAGGAGCGGUGCACAGCCAAUCCAGCUGGAGUGGAAGAGAGCCAAUAACCAAGCAUUACCAGACAAUGUUAAGAUUGGUCCUGAUGGCUCUGUGCUGACGGUUGCUAACGCCCGACCUGGAAACCAGGGCCAGUUCCGCUGCGUGGCAACCAACUCUGCAGGCCGCAGCACUGCCACAGCUGUGCUGAACGUUAAAUUUGCUCCUAAAGUGCGGCUGACACCAGCAGGGCCCCUGCGGGUCAGGAUGGGUGACCCCGUGUCAGUGGAGUGUCAUGCCACAGGCAGGCCACGCCCCAAGCUGACCUGGAAACGCCAAGGCUCCACCCUGCAGCUGGUUACCAUGGAGACAAAUGAUGGCAACACCAUACAGUGGCCUGCAGUGCACCCAGAGGACUCAGGAGUUUACAUUUGCCAGGCUGAAAACAAUGAGGGGGUGACAGAGGUCAAAGUUGAGGUCAUUGUUGAGGGGGGGCUGGGAGCACCAGUGGCUUCAGUGGGCACUACAGAGAUGACAGUGGUGGAGGGACAUACAGUCACAAUGGAGUGUCAGGCCAGUGGUUCUCCUCCUCCAGUCAUCACCUGGUCCAAGCUUCGAGCACCGUUGCCAUGGAAACACACAGUGGUUGGUGGAGUUUUGACACUGACCAGCGUGGGGCGCCAAGAUUCAGGACAAUACAUCUGUAAUGCAACCAACAUACAUGGCUACAGUGAGGCGUACACGCAGAUGGAGGUGGAGAGUCCACCGUACGCCACCUGUCUGCCUGACCAGGUGAGGCUCCGGGCCGGAGAUGCCCUGCGCCUGCAGUGCCUCGCCCACGGCUCUCAUCCCAUUCAGUUCGAGUGGAGCCGGGCGGGCAGGGCGAGCCUGCCUCCAGGAGCAGAGACCACAAAGGAUGGAAAGCUGCUCAUAGCCCACGUUAAACUGAGUGACAGCGGAACGUACAAGUGUGUGGCCACCAACCACAUUGGCUCCAGUGAGGCACUGGCCAAAGUCAUCAUAAAAGCUUAAUCCAUCAUGGUCAUAGUGUGUCUGAUUGACAAACCAUCUAUGCAGCUCUUACAACUUCUGCAAGCCUGGAUUGUAGCGAUCAAGAUCAAAUGGUUAAUAGUGACAAAACAGAGAAAAUUAUAUUUAAUAAAUUCAUUUAUUUUGACGUAUUCAAGUGAAAGAUAUCAAUGCUGUUUAAACUUUUGGUUUUAUUGUGCAUACGUGAUUAAUUCUGUACUUCUAGAAAACUGAUCCUGUUGCUAUCGUUGCUCCUGUCUCAUAUCUGCCUUUGGAAAGCUUUUCUCCGAAACUACGUGUGGACUGACAUACUACACUAUGUGUGUGGGAGUUUCUUCUGCUGGAAUGUCUCUGCACCCUGUCUUCCUCCCUUCCUGUCAUCUGCUAAGUAUUCACUGUUGCGCUUUAAACAUUUAAAGGGCACAAAAAACAAACAAAAACCUGAAUAUAAAAGCCUUUAUUAUGCCAGUAAAUAUCAAAACAAUAAAGACCAAAUAACAAAA